AUGUAUUUUUAUUUUAUUAAUAUUAAAAUUUAAUUAUAAUAUUAACAAUUCAGAUAUAUUAACAAUUUUAUAACUUGUUUUUUUUUAUAUUUAAUUAUUCAAUUUAUAAUAAUUGGAUCGUAUUGUCUCAUAAAAAAAGAUUCGUGUGAGUACAUAACGUAAACAAUAUCUGACAAAAGUCUCUGUAGAAAUGAUCUUGAAAUUCAUCGCUGACAUUUUCACAUUACAUAUAAUUAUUAAAAUAAAAAUCUUUCUUCUGUUCCGUUGGGUCUUUACACGAUACGUCUUUGUCAAAUAUAAAUUCUAAAACUUUUUUGUCUGUCUCUUUACUAUGAUUAACUGACAUUAAAUUUAACACAUUAAAUUUAAACGGAUAUUGUAUGUUUCCAAUCUGUGAAAAUAACUACCAAAAUAAGAUCCUUUUCUCCGUUUACUCGAGUUUUUACACACAAUACAUUUAUCUCUUAAUAAAAACCUCCUAAUAAAAACCCGUAACUGUGCCUUUACAUAAUGAUAUUUCUGAUUCUACAUCUUUAUGCUUAAUCUACAGCCUUUUUAUCGAACACAACGAGGUGUUAUUUAUUUCUUUAUUCUCUGUCGAAGUAACAAUUCUAGGUCCUUCGUUUGUAUUGUAAACCCUAUUUUAUUUUUACCUAUAUAAUAUUCCUUAGUAUUCCCAUAACUUCCCAUAAAAGAAAUUUUAAAUCAUCCAGAAAAGAGCUCGGCACGCGUUGCAAAGCCGGGCGAUUGUCAGCUUGUCUGCCAGCUUGUGCCAAUUGACACAUGGACUGCACGCAGAGUGCAUAACAAGGUGGAGACAAGUUGAAUAUCGGUCAAAACAUACAACUCGUUCCAAUUUUCACCCUCAAACCUCAUCCCAAAAACCUCAGAUAGUUUUCCUUUCACUGAGGUCUUUAAACCAUGAGCCAUAAAGUUUAAGAUUACGUUUAUAUGAAUUAUUUACGUAUCGUUUCCGUUAUGUUUACACGAACCUUUUUCACGUGGCCAAUACAAGCGAUGUAAAUUGUUAUAAAUUGUAUAACACAAUACAGAAAAAAAAUUAAUUAAAUUGCAAGAUUGUUAAUAUUAGAUAAGUUAAAGGAAGAUGUCACACUUGAAUUUUUCUUGUCGAAUAAUUUUGUAAGCAAUACACAUGAUUACUCUCGUAAACAAAUAUCAAAUUUUAUAAAAGCUUAUAUAUAAAAAAUAUUUAUAUAUAAUGCGUAUUCAAUAUUUUUAUUAUUCCACUUGAUGCUGCCACCUACUUACCUGAGGCGUGAUACACUUGCCACAUCGCGUUGCCGUAGCGACCAAGGCUUGUUUGCAUGUCGACGCGAAUUCGAAUCGUGGUCUCGUAAUCGCGCUAAUAAACAUUCGCGGUCGACCAUUUAAUCAAACGCACGUUUUUACACUCCAUGUCGAACAGUCCGAUUGCCGUCGCAAUGAACGACCUUGUGACGAAUCGUGCGGUCGAAGAGGAAGAGGAACUCGAAUUUGACGACCUACGCAAGGCAUUACUGGAUAGACGUCCGAAGGACGAGCACGAAAUAGAGAAACCUGCUAGUACUGUUAAGGAAAUGCUGCGGCAAGUGCAACGCGAAUUGUGUUUGAUCAAGUUAUGUUGGCCGGAUGUCUCGAUGAUCACGGAAGACCUCUAUACGCAAGCACUUCCGGAUACUUACCGUUGCGUUAGUGACAAAGAGCGACUGCUGCUGUGGUACGCGGAAAACUUUCGUCGGCAGUUCCACGCGAAGCACGCGAAUCGCCGACCACUGUUGUUGGCCUGCGAGAACGAAUGUCGGGUGCAAAAAUUUGUAUCUACCAAUAUCAAAAGAAGUAUAUUAAAAUAUCCAGAACUAUAUACGUGGCAAGGAUGUGUAAAAUUCAUCAGUCAUUACAUCGAGUACCAGCCACUGGAUAACGUUUUUAUUAUGGUAAGCAAACAAAUCUUCUUGCCGGUAAAAAAAGAGCGAUUUAAACGUUUUCUUUUACAAUUAUAUUGUCGAGGUGCACAGUUUGAAUUUUUCAUACUUUUUUAGAAAAAUUAUAACAAACUCCUAGACAUAAAAGUAUUAAAU